CCCCUUCAAGCAACUCAGCAGGAGCAAUGUGACACCUUUAAGGCAUAUGACGAGGCGAGAAUAAGGGGGGGGUGAGUGACGGAGAAGAGCAGAGACACAACGGUUACUGAGAUAGUUCAUACAAGGGAAGUAUUCUCAAAUCAAACCAAUGGAAGUCUUAUGGUAACACCACGGUUGCCAUUGCUGAGUGAAACACGGCGGCGGACAUUGCAUUCCUGCAGAAUCUAGUGGGAGAAGAGAAGAAAAGGAAUAAAAAACAUGGGAAACCUGCUUUAAAGAUCAGAUAAGACUGAAACUCAAACCAGGAAAAACCUGCAAAGCAACUGUCAUGUGGUUUGGUUGCAUUGUUUAGCUGCAGCUGUAUCUGUAGCACUGAAAGUAUUUGCAGAUAUAUUCGACUGUACUGAGUCCGGAGAAGAAUCUCCUACUGGAUUAAAGAAUUUCGUGGUUGGUUUUCACAGUGAGCACAUAUUUGCAGUCUGUGGAAUGCUAGGGUCCAGCUGUCCCUUCAUUCAUUGUAUGCAGUAAGGUCUGUGCUUGGAUGCCAAACACUAGCAGCUAACACCAAUGGACUUAAACUAUUUUAACUACACAGCAGCAUCUUUGGAUUUCUCAAACUGGAUUAGUGUUCGAUUAAUGGACUGAUGAACUUUGACAAAUCUGGUUUGUUUUGAUUAAUUCCUAAAAUACUUUUGAACUAAAUGCUGAAUUGUUGUGUUAUGCAACAGAGGUGAUCCACAGCAUCAACCUGUGUGUUAACAGCCUUCUAAAGAGGAUUAUCACAUUAAGCAGUGCAUGCUAUUUAGUCCAAAGUGCAUCAUCUACACCAACACAUUCAGAGCCAGCAGCAGUGUCAUUUUUCAUAUAGAAAUAUUGAGUGAGCUUUAGAUCUGGUCAGAGGUUUUGUUCUGGGUCCAGAUGUUCUUAAACACGGUGCUCGUGGUCCUGACAGACCUGGUGGCCCGGUCCCUAGGUAGCGCUAUUUUCCGGAAGCACUUCCAUCUGGUGCUGUCGGUUGUGGUGAUGUUCGGCCCCGCACUGAGCUUCUGGGUCUCCCAGCACAGCGUCUUUGCCAAGAAAACACACUUCCUCUACAGAAUAUUCUUGCGCUCUGGUUGGGGCUGGACCUGCAUCUUUGUCGGCUCCUUCGUCUUCCUCCUCUCUUUCUCCAUCCGUCGCUCCAUCUCUCUGUCCAUCCGUCACCUCUCUCGGCUUGGGGUGGCUGGUGGACUGUGGGCCGGUUUCUGUAAACUUCUUGACCUUCUGGAGAACACCACUGGAAGCUGCUACGAACAUCUACUCAACAGCCCGGAGGUCACCAAUGGGCAGCCUCUGUUGGUGCUGCGAGAGGGGGCAAGUAAGUCAGAGUGCCUCAGAGCUGGGAUGCUGUGGAGGGGGUAUGAAGUUUCACAAGAUGUCUUCCUCCUCUGCCUCUGUUGCCUGCUGUUGGCCGAGGAAAUAGCUGUGUUUGGUCCUUAUCUGAGCCUGGGUGGCUUCUCAGGUGGACCUCUGAGGAUCCUCUUCCUUUUCUGUGUUCUCCUGCUCUGGCUCUGGAUCUUUCUGCUGCUCUGUCUCUUAGCUUACUUCCCUCAGUUCCCCACGCAGUUGCUAGGGGGCGCUCUGGGGUGUCUGAGUUGGAGGGGACUGUACCAGGGCUGGUAUCGCCUGGGGCCCACCUGGUAUUGCCCUGGGAGGCCUGGACAGGGACUGCUCAAUACCAAGACCAACGGUGCUGCAGCAGAACACAAACUGAACCAUUAUCACUGAUAUUAAUUCAAGAAAUUAAACAUACAGGUUUUACCACUGACCCAAUGCAAUGAAUCAGGAGCUCAACGUGGUUGUUUGGAGACAACCGUGACAUUUGUGUUUGUUUCCGUUUCUUAAAAGUAAGACAAGAAAUCCUGUUGGAGUUGGGAACAAACAGAUGAAGUGGGCUUUCAAAAAGUUAUUUGUUUUUCUCUAUAUGUAUCACACGUGCUUUCCUACUGUAGUUAUUAAAGGAUUCUGAUUCUGUGUGAACUGGGUGUCCUGUUACUGAUACUCCCAGGAAUAUCCACGAGAAGAAUUCAGGGGACAGUAGCCAUUUCGAUUCAGGCUAAAUAUAUUUGAGACACCCAGACUUUGAUGAUAUACAGCUUGUUUACAAUGUUUAAGAAAAAAAAGGACUUACUGAAAGUUUUUGAUGGAUAUUUAUGGUGCUAAUUAAAUCAAUUUGACACUUGAUAUUUCAAUAAAUGUGUAACUUGUGAAAUAAUAAACUAAAAUUCUGUAAA